AUGUCGUCGAACAACAUCCUCAUCGUCGGGGCCACCGGCAAACAAGGCGGCGCUACCGUCCAGGCCCUCCUCUCCCAGAUCGCAUCUCUCUCUCCCAGUCUCACUCCCCCCACCAUCCGCUUCACCACUCGGUACCCUUCCUCCUUCGCUGCCCGAGUCCUAGCUUCAUCGGGUGCCUCCUCCAUUCGCGCCAACCUCAGCUCCAUCGACGAUCUUCAUUCGGCCUUGCAAGGCAUCGAUGUCGCCUUUCUAGUCACAGACAAAGAUGCCGGGGAAGAAAAGGAAGUUGAAAUGGGUAUUCGCUUUGUUGAAGCUGCGAAAAAAGUCGGCGUCAAGCAUGUGGUAUUCGCGAGUGUCGCCGAUGCGGAUGUGGCGAGCACAGUGCCUCACUUCCGUACCAAAUACAAGAUCGAACAAGCUCUGAUCGAGUCCGGCCUUUCUCACACUAUCCUUCGGCCAGUGGUAUUCAUGGAAAACUUUCCCCAAACCCCAUCCGCCUCCCAAACAAUCAACGUCAGCGCCUUCUUCUCCACUUUCGUCCCCAAACCCCUCGCCCUUAUCUCCACCACCGACAUCGGCCACUUCGCCGCUCUCGCGCUCCUAAAUCCCACCUCCCCCCCUUUCAAAAACCAAAUCAUCCCCCUCUCUUCUGGCGUUUAUAGCGUCAAAGAUUGGGAGAAGGCGACAGAAAAGGCUGGGAGGAAAGGAUGGUUCUGGACGCAAGGGGCGGUGGGGAAGGUUGUGUGGUUGACUCUGUCGGUGACUUAUAGGAGGAUGACUGAAUGUGAGUUGGGGCUUGUCCCGCCGGUACCUCGCGACGACAUAACAUGA